AUGUCUAUCACCAGUCCCGAGAAAGAAGAAACGCGCAAAGAGGGCAGUCCUCACAGUGACGAAAAUAGAGAAGCGGACAACCAUGAUUCCUCGCCUGCAAAGCCCAUAGACCAAGAUCCAGAAGCCCGACAUCCCACAGAGACAUUGGCAGCCAAUCCUCCUCUUCCUACCGAGGAAGAGCCUCCCCCAUUGCCCAACGAGGCUCCACCCACUCAGCCAGUCGAUGAUGGCUGGGCACCGAUCUGGGACGACCAUGCUCAAGCAUUCUAUUUCUUCAACCGAUUCACAAACGUAGCACAGUGGGAGAAUCCGAGAGUACCAGAGGCAUCAAGUCAAACCAGUCCACCAGGAGUUGGGAACCACGAUAGAAUAGUGGGAGAACGGGGACCUCCUGCAAACAGGGUUGGCGGAUACGAUCCUUCCAUUCACGGUGAUUACGACCCCAAUGCCGAUUACGCCAAAGCCUACGAGACCUCGUCGGUGGACACCGCACCCGGUGUUGCUCCAGGCACAAAUCCCGCCGAUAUGUAUGCCGCAUCAGGCACCUUCAAUCGCUUCACGGGGAAAUGGCAGCGAGCCGAUCUCAAUCCAGAGAAAUUCACCGACGAGCAAAAGAGCCGACGGCAGAUGAAUGCCUUCUUCGAUGUGGACGCUGCCGCAAACAGUCAUGACGGCAGAAGCCUGAGAGCCGAAAGGGCAAGCAAGAAAUUGACCAAGGCAGAGCUUAAAGCAUUCAAGGAGAAGCGGAGGGAGAAAAAGGAAGAGAAGCGGCGGGCAUGGUUGAGGGAUUGA